AUUCUUAGCAAAUUAUUCAAAAUAUUAUUUGUUUCAUAUGUCAUAUAAUUUUUCAACCUUGAAUGAUAAAAAAUCAAAAAGUCUUUAUCAUCAUUUAUAUUCAAAAAUAUUAGCUUGUGGUCCUAUUACAGUUGCUGAUUACAUGAAAGAGGUUUUAACUCAUCCAAUUAUAGGAUAUUAUAUGAAUAAAGAUGUUUUUGGAAAACAAGGUGAUUUUAUAACAUCACCAGAAAUUUCACAAUUAUUUGGAGAAAUGUUAGCUGUUUGGAUGAAAUAUGAGUGGCAAAAAAUUUCAAAAGAUUCUUUUCAAAUUGUUGAAUUAGGUCCAGGUAGAGGAACUUUAAUUAAAGAUAUAUUGCGGGUAUUUAAACAAUUUAAAUCUCUAAAUGAUAUAUCAAUACAUUUGGUAGAAGUUAGUCCAAUAUUAUCCCAGAUUCAGGCAAAGAAUUUAUGUAAAACAAUUAUAGAAUAUGAUCAAAAAAAAAAUAAAUCUAAAAAUAAUUCUACCAGUUAUUAUAAAGAAGGUAUUACAGAAGAUGGAAUAAAAUUAUAUUGGUAUCAUUCUAUUAAGGAUGUACCUAAGAAAUUUAGUAUAUUUUUAGCACAUGAAUUUUUUGAUGCAUUGCCAAUUCAUAAAUUUCAGAAAAUUGACAAUGAAUGGAGAGAAGUUUUAAUUGAUAUAAUUCAAGGAUGUAAUGAAGAAAAGUUUCGUUAUGUAUUAUCAAAUACACCAACUCCUGCUACUUUGUUUAUAUCGAAUGAUGAGAAAAGAGAACAUAUUGAAAUUAGUCCAGAAAGUUUGAUAAUAGUGGAUUAUUUAGCAGAUUUUUUAUGGGAAUGUGGUGGAUUUGCUUUAAUUUGUGAUUAUGGUCAUAAUGGUGAUAAAACUGAUACUUUUCGUGGAUUUUCUCAACAUAAAGUACAUGAUCCAUUAUUACAUCCAGGUACUGCUGAUUUAACAGCAGAUGUAGAUUUUGCAGCUAUUAAAAAAAUUGCAGAAAAAGAUAAUAGAUUAAUAACAUUUGGACCAGUGAGUCAAUCAAAUUUUUUACAAAAUCUUGGAAUUAAUGUAAGAUUGCAAAUACUCUUACAAAAUGCUUCAAAAGAAGAAAGAAAAUCAUUAGAAUCUGGAUAUCAUAUGAUAAUGGAUAAAGAUAAAAUGGGAAUUCGUUUUAAAGUUUUAUCACUAUUUCCCUCUAUUUUGAAAGAAUACUUUAAAAAGAUACCAAUAGCAGGUUUUUUUUAAAUAUAAAUAAUAAAAUAAUAUAUUAAACGAAAUAUUGUGAUAUUAUAUAAAUAUAUGUAUUAUAAAAUUAUGUUUAUAAUAUUUAAAAUUAAAUUAUGUAAAUAGCAUUUUAUUAAUUUAAAGAGAUUUUUUUUAAUAAGAUUUUUCUAAGAUUAAAAUAAAUUUAUGGU